UGAAAAUGGUUGAAGGCACGCCAAUGCACUCCCAGCUCAGCUCAGGAGAGGUUUAGGAAGAAGUGCUUCCAUGGCGAAGGGGUCCUCUAUACAGGCCCUGUAUGAGCUCUCCAAGAAGACCUUCACCCCCUCCGCCGUCUCUCCCUCUUCUAAGUCAAUUUGGAAGCUCUGCUCUCUCAUGGAUACAAUUAGUCCGGCAGAAGUAGGACUUAAAGAAGAUGUUCUUGAUGAUGACAGAGGACAUGGCUUUUUUGAAUCUAAUCCUUUCAAGAGUUUAGUUAGAGCUGCUCAAUGGGCUCAACCAAUAACAUACUUGGAUAUAUAUGAAUGCGAUAGUUUUACUAUCGGCAUAUUUUGCCUUCCAACCUCAUCUGUGAUUCCACUUCAUGAUCACCCUGGAAUGACUGUGUUAAGCAAGAUUCUUUAUGGUUCUAUCCAUGUGAAAGCAUAUGAUUGGGUUGAGCCUCCUUGCAUAAGUAAUAGUGGGCAGCGGAGUGAAAUUUCAGUGAAGUUGGCAAAGUAUCAGGCAGAUACGGUCUUGUCUGCUCCAUGUCCUACCAGGGUUCUAUACCCAAAAACAGGGGGAAACUUGCACUGUUUCACUGCAAUCACUUCCGUUGCUGUGCUUGAUGUUCUUGCUCCACCAUAUUCAGAGGUUGCUGGCAGGCGCUGUACUUAUUAUCAUGAUUAUCCAUACUCAACUUUCUCUAAUGUAAAGGAACUUGGGAUGGAUGAGAGGGAAGAGGACUAUUGUUGGCUUGAGGCUAUGGAAGCCCCUGACAAUUUUUACAUGCGCUCUGGUAGAUAUACUGGCCCUCCUGUUAAGCAAGAGUUAUGCUUUCCAGGAUCUUGCACUAUAGCCUAGUUUUAGGCCAUCCAAGUCUCAGAAAUUACCAAAUUAGAACUGUAGUUCUGCUUUGAGGGAAGUAAAAAAAAACCAGAAAGCUUUGCGCUGAAAAUGCCAAGAAUAUUUUGAAAAUGUUAUUGAAAUGUUUCCCUUGUAUAGUGGUGUCAUGAUGUUGAUGCUGUACAUGUUCUGAUGAAUUUGAUCAGUUUUAUAGUACAUGUGACUGGUGAAUAUCAUAUUAUAUGACACACUACAUACAAUCAGCUAAUCAGGUAUCUUUGUGAAUAGAGUUGAGAAUAUGGCUUCAAGAUUGGUGGAAUCUGAGUGGGUUUUUUUUUUCCAGCUGGAAUCAAACUGGGGUUAAAAUGAAUCUAGUCUUGUUAUGAGUUAGAUUUAGUUCUUAUUCAACUUAUGUUUAACAUUAAAUUGAUUUAGGUGACAAAUAUUGCU